CUUCACUUAUUUGUCCGAUCCGGGAAUCCCUCCACCACCUCCUUCAUCCUCCCCGCUCCCUCCCUCCCUCCUCCUGCGAGCCACCCCGUCCACCGACAGCGGCGCUUCCCGUGACGCCUCGAACGGAAUCAGAUUCGGACACAUGCGCUCUCACAUCAGGUCCCUGCCCCCUGAUACACGGCAGCAGUAACGGGGUUACUUUCCGUAUACCGUCUAGUUCCAGCACUGAUGGGAACCUCGGGGUCUAAGACAUAUCGGUGUGCAUAGCCUUCUUCUCCAGCUGACAAUACCAUGAAGUUAGAAGUCCUUCUUCUCCUCCUCUUGGGUUUUUGCAAGCUGUCCCCCGCGAAGAUUGCCGCUCCAAAUGAGUUUGUGUCCUUGGCGGAGAUGGAGGAUGCUUUAUUGAAGAACCUUUUCCAAGGCUAUCAGCGCUGGGUUAGGCCAAUCCAGCGUGCCAAUGACACUAUUAAAGUACGCUUUGGACUCAAGAUCUCUCAGCUGGUCGAUGUGGAUGAGAAAAAUCAGCUAAUGACAACUAAUGUUUGGCUGUGGCAGGAAUGGAUUGAUUACAAGCUGCGAUGGAAUCCAGAUAAAUACGGAGGAAUCACCUCCAUCAGAGUUCCUUCAGAAAAUAUCUGGCUCCCAGACAUCGUCCUGUAUGAGAAUGCUGAUGGGCGGUUUGAGGGUUCCCUGAUGACCAAAGCUAUUGUGAAGUACAACGGGGCCAUCACCUGGACACCACCUGCCAGUUACAAAUCUGCCUGCACCAUGGAUGUCACUUUUUUCCCUUUUGAUCGCCAGAACUGCUCCAUGAAGUUUGGGUCCUGGACCUAUGAUGGCAGCAUGGUGGACUUGGUUCUCAUGGACAACCAGGUUGAUCGGAAAGACUUCUUUGAUAACGGGGAGUGGGAGAUACUCAGCGCUACUGGUGCCAAAGGAAACAGAAAAGAUGGCUUGUUAUCCUACCCCUUCAUCACAUACUCCUUCAUCCUGAAGAGGCUGCCUUUGUUCUACACGCUGUUCCUAAUCAUCCCUUGUUUGGGUUUGUCAUUUCUGACCGUCCUGGUCUUUUACCUCCCCUCAGAUGAAGGAGAGAAGCUUUCACUCUCUACCUCCGUCCUAGUGUCACUUACUGUGUUCCUGCUGGUCAUUGAAGAGAUUAUUCCCUCCUCCUCCAAGGUCAUACCCCUGAUCGGAGAGUACCUCCUCUUCAUCAUGAUUUUUGUCACCCUCUCCAUCAUCGUCACUGUCUUUGUCAUCAAUGUCCACCACCGCUCCUCAGCCACUUACCACCCAAUGUCGCCAUGGGUUCGAAACCUCUUUCUUCAAAAACUGCCCAGAUUGCUGUGCAUGCGAGGGCACACUGACCGCUACCACUACCCAGAGCUGGCUCCCGAAAGCCCUGAGCUGAAGUCUCGCUCUGGAGGUCGGAGAGGCCAGAAGACAAACAGUGGUUCGCUCGGACCGACUACUUCUGAUGGGAAGGACGAAGAAGCCUGGGGUGCUAUGUUGGAGAAAGCCAUCUAUUCGGUGCGCUACAUCAGCAGACAUAUCCGUAAAGAACACUUCAUCCGUGAGGUGGUACAAGACUGGAAGUUUGUGGCCCAGGUGUUAGACAGAAUCUUCCUUUGGGCUUUCCUCACUGUCUCAGUAUUAGGCACCAUCCUUAUCUUCACUCCAGCUCUGCAGAUGUUCAUGAAAAUCCCCCCUCCAAUUCCAAGUGAGGAACAAGCUUCAGAGCCGUUACACUGACGAGGCAACUGAUCAUCUGCCUUCAAAGAAAACAUUUUUUAAACAUGGUACUACUGAGCAAGAAGAGCCCACUGCAGGCACCUUUUACAGGAUUUUGUUGACUAUCUGACUCUUUCUGUUAAACCACUGUGUAAAAUAUACAUGCGAAUAAGUCAUCAGGUCACUCUGUCUGUUUUGUCAAUAUCAUAACGUUUCAUCUGAUUAUAUUGGCAUUUUAUUCCGGUUUAAGAUAUAUAUGACAACCUGAGUAACCAGUAGUCUCACCUGUGUUGAGUUUCAGUUCGCAAAUUGCCAAAAUAAAAAACAACAACAAAGAAAUGCUUCAUAAACUCUACACCAAAUGGUAUUUAGCUAUCAAUAUACAAGAUUAAGGUAAAACCCCAUAAUUGCCUUAUUUUUUAUGUUUUUAACCAACAUCAUAUUUAAUUUGAUAUUUUUUUCUUGACAUACUUUUUUUUCAAAUUCAAAACAAAUUUCUACUCUGGGAAUUUUAAUUAAAUAAACACCCAUGAGGGCGUUGUCAAAGCUAUUAUUUAACAGUAGGCUACUUUUUUGUAGUAAACUAUAAGAAAAAUCAUUUCUGCAUGUGACAAGGCAUGAAUAAACCUGAAAUAAAAGUAAUAAACAGUAAAAGUUAAUGUUAGCAAUAACUGACUUAUUGCUAACAUUAACUUAAUGAUAGCCCUGAUUUGGCCCUCAGGCUGUAUGUUGAGUAUCACCACACCGAAGCUUAAAAAUUGUGCUGCUCUGUUUCAGUAGCAUUUACUGAUUUGUCACUUGUGUCGUCCUCAUCAGAUAAAUUUUUCUCACAGCAGACAAAGAAUACAUUUAAAGUAACAAAGUGUACUGGAUUAAUGAAAACAACCCAUAAGUUUGUUGUUUUUAUUGUUUCGAUGUACCUAAUCAAACCAAUAAAGC